CCCAAGAUGGCGGCGGCGCUGAGGGAGCGCUGAGGCGGCGCGUCGCUGCCCGCGAUUCGACUUUUUGUCGGCCGCGGCGGCCCUGAGGGGCGCCCGUAGAAGAAGCGCGUCGCGGCCGGCCGCCUCCUCCCUUUCUCCUUCCGGAGCCGCUCCCGUCCGUCCCGCCCCGCGGCGCGGCGCCAUGGAGGCGGCCGAGGGCGGCCCCGACGCGUACGGCUACACCCGGGCGGAGCUCUUCACCUCCGAGAUCUACAAGGUGGAGAUCCGGAACCUGCCCCGCUACAUCGGCUUCAACGACGUGAAGAAGUUCCUGGCCAAGCGCGGGCUGAGCCCGCACAAGAUCAAGCUCCUCGGCAGGCAGACGUUCGCCUUCGUGACGUUCAAGAGCGAGGAGGAGCGGGACGAGGCCGUGCGGGCGCUGCACGGCGCCGCGUGGAAGGGCCGCGCUCUGGGCGUGCGGGCGGCCAAGCCCAAGGCCGACCCCAUGGCGAGGAAGCGGCGGCGGGAGGAGCGGGCCGGGGCCGGGGAGCCCCUCGGCAAGCGGAUCGCCGACGUGGUCACCCCGCUGUGGGCCGUGCCCUACGAGCAGCAGCUGGCCGAGAAGCGGCGGGAGUGCGAGCGGGUGCUGCAGAAGCUGGCCAAGGAAAUUGGAAAUACCAACAGAGCGCUGCUGCCCUGGCUGUUCCUGCAGAAGCAGAAGUACAACAGAAUGUGCUGCCCCAUAGAGGGAGUGAAGGCCUCACCGUUACAGACUGAAUAUCGGAACAAAUGCGAGUUCUUGAUUGGGAUUGGUGUAAAUCAAGAAGACAAAACUGUGGGUUGUCGUCUUGGCAAAUAUAAGGGCGGUACCUGCGCUGUAGUGGAGCCAUUUGAUACCAUUCACAUUCCUGCUGUUGCCAAAAAAGUAGUAAAAGCUUUUCAAGACUACAUAAGGUCAACCCCUUACUCAGUUUACAGCCCAGAAACCUACGAAGGUCACUGGAAGCAGCUCACAGUCCGUACCAGCAGGAAUGGCCACAUCAUGGCAAUCGUUUACUUUAAUCCUCAGAAAUUAAGCAGAGAAGAGCUAGCUGACCUGAAGGCUGCUCUGGCAAAACACUUCACUGAAGGGGCAGGGAAGGAGAGCAGCAUUACUUCUCUGUACUUUGUGGAGGAAGGCCAAAGGAAAUCUCCCAAUCUGGAAGACUUGCCUUUGGAGCACGUGGCUGGCGAUAAAUACAUCUAUGAAGAACUUCUUGGCCUAAAAUUUAGAAUUUCUCCUCAUGCAUUUUUUCAAGUAAACACACAGGCUGCAGAAGUUCUGUACGCUGCCAUUAAGGAGUGGGCAGAAUUGAGCCAAGAAAGCACUGUGCUUGAUAUCUGCUGUGGUACUGGAACUAUUGGGAUUUCUUUGGCCAAGAAAGUGAAGAAAGUGAUUGGAAUUGAACUCUGCCAAGAAGCUGUGCAGGAUGCCAAAGCCAAUGCCCAGAUUAACGAGCUGAGUAAUAUUGAAUUUCAUUGUGGGAAGGCUGAAGAUAUCGUUCCUUCCUUAAUUAACGUAUUAGCUCCCCAGAACCUGAUUACUAUUGUAGAUCCACCUCGAGCAGGACUGCAUUCCAAAGUAAUUCUUGCAAUUAGAAGAGCUGAACAGCUGAAGAAGCUUAUUUAUGUGUCCUGCAAUCCUAGAGCUGCAAUGAAUAACUUUGUGGACCUUUGCCGGGCCCCUUCCAACCGAGUCAAAGGAGCUGCCUUCCGUCCUGUUAAAGCAAUGGCUGUGGAUCUCUUCCCUCAGACCAAGCACUGUGAGUUACUGAUACUCUUUGAGAGGGUUGAAUAUGCAAACGGAAGCUCUGCUGAAGCAAAGCCUGAUGCUGCUCAAGUUGCAGCAGAAUGCGACAACUCAGAGAACUUAGAUGGUGCCAACCCAGCUAACACUGAUGCAAACCAGGCAGCUUCUGUAGCUACAGAUACAGCAUGCAAAGAGAAGGAAUCGACUUAACGCCUGUGAGAUACUUUCCAGAAACUACUUCUGUGUCUUAACUGCUUCAAUAGUAUUAUUGCUGUAAGACCUAGGUAAUAAAUCUUAACAACAGAGUGGUUGCAAGGCUUCCACUUAUUUAAUCAUAACACUAACCUGAAUUCAGUUUAAUUAUAUCCUAUUGAGCUAAAUCCAGCUUUUCUCAGCCUGCCCUGGGGGAAACAUGGGUGUGUGGAUAGGCAGAGUGGUCUCUGGUUGAGAUGUAGCAUUAAGUUGUUGUUCUGCACUGACGUGGAAGUAGCUGAAAGCUGGGUGGAAUGGUGAUGCCACAGACUGUGCUAACAGGCUGCCCUCUGUAUUAGGGAGUGCUUGAUGCUUAACAACAGUGACUGAAGAACCUAGGUUCUAUUUUAAAAUACUUUGAGGAAGCAAGGGAGCAAUGUUCCUUUUCCUGAACAUGCUUUGGUUACCACAAUACUGAUCACACUGCAGCACUUUAUAAUAUCAAACUUUAUUGCUCAAAACUAAUUGUCUGAAAAAUACACAUGUAGUACUCAAAGACCAAACACAGAGGCUUAUAUGAUUGUGCAGAAGAAAGCAAGCAGAGGCUCAGUGAAAAUGAGGCUUUAUAGUUGUACCAAUUUAGCACUGGCAUCAAGCAACUGCACCCACUACAAUUCAUACAGCAACCUUUGUUAUCUACUUGGGCAUUAAGAACGAUUUUCUUUUUUCCCCCCACUUUCCCUUCUCAGAUACACAUCAGAAUACUGUAACUGAACAUUUUAUUUGGUUAAGAACAGCAUGGCUUCUUGCACUUCACCUUUCUUCCUGGGGCAAGUUAGGCAGCUACUGCUUCCUGAUUUUUACUCCAGAACCAAAGUACAGUCUAGAGAAUUAUUAAGAUAAAUCAUGCUUUUAAAUACUUAGAUGUUAAAAAUAUAUUUGUAUAAAGCCUAACAGCAGCGCAGGAAAGUGGAAGUUCACAUACAAUAGUUAAGUUUAUGCAUAAUAGUCUUUCCAAACAUCUGAGUACCCAACUACUGGGCCAGUUUUGUUUCUAAUAAAUAUUUAAGAAAAAGCUGAACGACUGGUGUUCAAAUAGGUAGCAUCUGUCUGGUCACUGCAAGUCACAGUCAGUUUUCCAUCAGUACCGUAAUGAGCGGAAUGCACACUAACCCUUACAGUCCAUAAACCACACGCUUGUUGAGUAGCACAUAAUAUGCAAAGCAAAAACUGUAACUCCCAGAGGGAACAGUUCUUAAAAAUACACUCCGUUCCUAUAAAAAUACCCAUCCUUCUCUGUGUAUAGAAGGGAUAAAGAACAAACAUCAGUGACAAAAGCAGCAGUUGAUUUUAUGCAUUCGUACAAUCAAGAUCUAAACCUUUACAGCCAAUUACCUAGGAAACACACAAGUUACAAUACAAAUUUAGGAUACAUCUUGAAUCACGCUGUAAGUGUUCAUGCAGAAGCUGAAGUUAAUGCAAUGAUCUAUCCUCUAUCAAAGCAGCUCGUGCUUAUGUGCAAAUGCAAGACUGUUACACUCCAAACAAUAGUAAACAUUAAAACACAAGAAUACUUCACAAUGACAAUUAACAGCAGUUAAGUUGUUUGUUCCAGCAGUUAUUGCGCUAUUUUCUGGACGUCUCUCCAGUUAGAGGCUGCAGCAAGGUCUAAUACCAUCUUUUUUGUUUUUCUGUUUAGAAUGCAUAAUAUACGUUCUAGGCUUUGGUUCACAAUGAAAUCUGUGGAUGUUUUAAUUAAGGGCAGCGGUCACCUUGUGAUCUGAUAGUGGCAGACUGAGGUAAUACAGCAAUCCUCUUAAAAGUAACAAAAUCAAAUUUGUAUGUGAGGCAUCUACGGAUAUUCUGCAGGUGACCUGCAAAGACACUGACAUUCUGAUUUCAGAACAACGAAGGAUCUGCGAGGGUGAUUUGUCUGUUACAGUGCUGUCCACAUACAGGUAUUCUGCUGAAAACGUACAAGCCGAAGUAAAGCCUACCUACUGCAGUAACACACUGAGGCAUAGAAGAGAGAAGCCCUGUCUUUAUGAAAAAAAUAAAUCAAGAGACAAACAGUAAUCCCUGCUUGUCAGCACUGCACCAAUAUUAUAUACCUUCCAAAGAAAGAUGGAGAUUGGUUAAAGCUAUGCUGCUAAAAAAAAAAAAAAAAGCAGCAGAGGCAGUAUUUUGUUUUUGUUUUUUUUAAGAUAGGCCACUUUAAAUCAUAGUUUCUGUAUAGUCUUCCAACUACCCGUAUCCUGUUAGCACAGGUUUACAGCUUGCGGAACAGAAGCUAAAUAGAAUCAUGAACAGAGAGCAGAUUCAUAUUUGCAGAGCUCUGAGCGUGCCAUUGGAACAGAGACAGGCGAGGCUCUAAGGCUCCUGGUUGACCUCAGACAUCAUAAGCCACAUAAUAGAAAACAAUAGUUUCAGAUAAAAAUAAAAUCCUUGCAAUUCCAAAAUAACAGCUGUGAUAUUAAAAGGAGGUCUGACAAUACUGAUGCCAAUAUUGUUAAAAUCCAGUAGGCACAACGUUCAUUACACUGCAGCAUUCUACACGUAACAUGGUAUUAAACAAUAAAAAAGGAAAAAAAACCCCUGAACAAUCCAAGAACAUUCCUCAUCGCCCCUCCCCACCCCAAGCCCCAGACUGCUGUCCAGAUAAGUACCAGGAACUGCAGCAAUUAGAAAACUGACCUCUUCCACUCUGGCAGGAACAUAAGUUAGAGCAGGACAGCUCUUGGGUAAGUAACUGGUCGAAGCCCUACCUUCCUUCGCUUCUUUUCUAUUCUUCUUUAAGAGCAAUCCAAAGAACCCACAGAAAUGGUUCUGAGAAAAGACGUACUGCGAUCACCCAGUAAAUAACACCAAAGGAAGAAACCUCACACAGCAGGACGUGCACUACAGCCAAAGCUAUGCCUUCUGUGCUAAACAUCACCAAGCCUCAGCAGGCACAGAGCACUGCCUGGUCACGAGGGCUGUACUUGAUAGUAGUUGCAUAUUUGUGGUUUUCCUAUCCAUCCAUACAACUUGUUAUGGUCUCACAUUCUACUCAUUACUGUGUCAUAUUUUGAAUCUACAUUCUAGUUUUCAUUGCAGAAGUUAUACUUUCUCCUCAAACACUAAAAAUGCAAUUACAAAGUAAAAACAAAGCUUAAAAAAAACAAAAUUGCUGCAGUUAGUUCAGAUUUCUCAGGGUUUUCUUUAUUCUUUCUUUUUUCUAUUGUUUUCAAAACUUUUUGAUUUUAAGCUGCAAGUUAAGACUUAAUUUGUCAGGUCAGAUGUAAUCUGACUCCAAACAAAUGAGAAACUUCUUUCUUGCUAGGAGAAGAGAGUGGGACGUCUUUAAACACCGCAUUGGCAAAAUAUUUUCAGACUGUCAGCUGUCUUCAGUUACAGUUUGGCUCCAAGCUUUGAAAACAGCCUUUGAAAUUCCUGAUUUCACUUUAAUCUUAUAAGCAGGGCCUUAUUUUCCCCUUUCAACUAUCAAUAAACUAACAUUGGCUCUUUUUCAAUUAACAUAAAACACAAUUUUGAAUAUCCAGCCUGUUGCUCUUAACACUACCAGGUAUACUUGUUCUGUUCAAGUAGUAUUAAAAAAGUCUGCAUACUGUGAUCUUGAAUAACUAAGCCUGGCAGGAGACAAAAUAAAAUAGAAGAAACAGCAUUACUGGCCUAAUCCUAUGGCGUUAGGAACAUUGCUCAUCAUUUUCAUGUAUUUGCCACCGAAGUGUCUUAUCAGUGCAUAUUAUUAUGUGCUGAAAUGCAACAAGACUUUACACAAAAACAGUUUUAGGCAUGUUCAUACAAGACACGUAGAUAUAUUUCUUUUAUAUAUACAUAUAUGUGUGUGUGUAUAUAUAGUAUCAGCUUUAACCUGUAUAUAGAUAUUCUGAAUUUCAUCCUUAAAACACAUCCAUUUCAAACAACAUGGAUGAUUUUCAAGGAAAAAGUGCUUGCUUGACCAUGUCCUGUGUGAACAUGCCUGUCCUCUGUGCAUCUUGCCCAAGCAGAGAUCUUUAUGAUCAAACCUUGACACGUACGUAUCGCAUCUCAGAGGUAUAAAAAAAAAAAA